GCGUGUCCACACCCUUUUCCGGUCCGGGCUCCCGCGACUGCUCUCGCUGCUGCCGGUGGAUGCUGCGCCUCUCGGAGCGCAACAUGAAGGUGCUCUUCGCCGUCGCUCUCAUCGUGGGCUCCGUCGUCUUCCUUUUGCUGCCUGGACCCUCCGUGGCCAACGAUAAGAAGAAGGGACCCAAAGUCACAGUCCAGGUAUACUUUGAUCUCCAAAUUGGAGAUGAGCCUGUAGGCCGAGUGGUCUUUGGACUCUUUGGAAAGACUGUUCCGAAAACAGUGGAUAAUUUUGUAGCCUUAGCUACAGGAGAGAAAGGAUUUGGCUACAAAAACAGCAAAUUCCAUCGUGUCAUCAAGGACUUCAUGAUCCAGGGUGGAGACUUCACCAGGGGAGAUGGCACAGGAGGAAAGAGCAUCUAUGGUGAGCGCUUCCCAGAUGAGAACUUCAAGCUGAAGCACUAUGGGCCUGGAUGGGUGAGCAUGGCCAAUGCAGGCAAAGACACCAAUGGCUCCCAGUUCUUCAUAACUACAGUCAAGACGUCCUGGCUAGAUGGCAAACAUGUCGUUUUUGGCAAAGUUCUAGAGGGCAUGGACGUAGUGAGGAAGGUGGAGAGCACCAAGACUGACAGUCGGGACAAGCCCCUGAAGGAUGUGAUCAUCGCAGACUGCGGCAAGAUCGAAGUGCAGAAGCCCUUUGCCAUUGCCAAGGAGUAGUCUUAGCCUCAUCCCUCUAAGCAGUGUGUACGCAGGUCCUGUCACUACCCUCACAGGGGUGAAGGUAGCUAGUCACAAGGUUUCAUGCCACUUGGCCCCAGUGCUUCCAUCUGAGGGAGUGGACCCACACCCUCUCACAUUCCACAGGCCUGUUUUUAUAUCAAACUCGAAUCAGUGCUGAUCAAUAAAAGUGGGUUUUCUUUUUUUAUAA